AUGGCUGUCUCUCUUUGAAGGUCUGCAGGUCCAUUAUUGCUCCAUCCAUUCCAAAGCGGAUAAAUGUUUUCACUGCCGAUGUGUAUUGAGCAUGCAGAUUCCAUUAAAACCCCUUUAAAGGAGACCUGCGGCCGCUCCAGGUGUGAUGCCUUCACACCUCCAGGCGGCCUGCAGACGUCUGAAGUCGGUGUGCGGCCUCUCCAGUGCCAGCCGGCACCGAUGGCUGCCCCAUUCACACAUACAGGCAUCACUACCUUUGAUCGCAGGGAGGAUUUAACCCCAGCGAGAGGCCAAAAAACUCAGUCAGUCGCUGGAAAUAAGUCGGUGAGGAAGAUGUCUUCACUUCAUGGGAAUAUGAAUCAUUUCCAGAUGUAUCACGAGGGAGCUCUGCAGAUAAACAGCAUGGUGAACUCAGAUUAUGGAGCCCCAGAUGUUUCAAACUACUUCAACCCUGCAAACUCUGUGCCGAGAGCGGAUAAAUGCGUGGCCAUACUGACCCACAGGAGAAAGAGGACCAACUUCACCAUGCAGCAAAUCGAGGUGCUGGAGAAAGUUUACUCAGACACCAAAUAUCCUGACAUCUACCUGCGAGAGAGACUGGAGGCUCUGACUGGACUACCGGAGUCUAGGAUUCAGGUGUGGUUUCAGAACAGAAGGGCCAAGUCUCGUCGCCAGGUUGGCUCAUCAGUGUCCAUGAAGGUCGCCAACUCGCCAGCAGCUGGUUCCUUCAGCCAGCUCCAGAGCAGGAUGGGCCCAGAGAAAGUUUAUGACAACAACCAUGGAGCCGAAGCACACAGGAUAGGAGGUUUUGGACUGGAGGACACUUUCAGACCUACGCUGCACCAAAACACAGAUGACACUCACAGAACCAGUAUGCCCACCAAACCCAGCAGCUACGAACACACGCCCCUCUCCUGCAUCUACGACAAGGAGGGAACCAGAGUGAAGCCCGAGCAGAUGCAACGGCGGGAGCUGAGCGUUAACGUCCCUUGCUGUAACGUCCAUCUUUACCCCAAGGAGAGCGAGCAUCAUCCCAAGAUCGAAGUCAACGUGGCCGCCAACCAGGGUGCAAAGGUUCUGGUGGAGUACGACAACUUCCCACCAAACAAGACCAUCGGACCAGAGAUGAAAGUUGUGAUUCCUCCCAUCCCCAGCCAGAAUAACUUCAGCAGGUCAUCACCGAAGGAUAACGGAUGUCAAAUCCAGCAGUAUCCGUGCGUGAGGGCCACAGGGAACCGGUUCAGUCACUUCUCUCCGAUCCACACCGCUGAGGCACAGGACUUCACCGACUCAGAUUCUGACUGGGAAACCGAGGCCAUGGCUGGCUUUGGUGGCUUCAUGUGAUGUAUUAUAAGAGCUGAUAUAAGA